GUAUAUAUUCUCCCCUGCAAAUGCAAUUCCCAUAUCAAACAAAAAUGGCUUCUAUGUUUUGGGCUCUCAUUGUAACUAGUCUCACCUUUCAACUAGCCAUUACAAAAUCACAAUCACCGGUUGCCUCACCUUCCACUACUCCAACCACCACUGCUCCUCCACCCUCAACAGCAACCCCUCCUCCCUCAACUUCACCACCCCCGCCAACGGCAGCACCUCCUCCCUCAACUUCACCACCUACUUCAACAGCAGCACCUCCACCCUCAACUUCACCACCCCCUUCAACAGCAACGCCUCCGCCUACCACCACACCAACCGCACCAGCACAACCACCUGUAACCAACCCCCUUCCCCAAGUUGCACCAGCUACAAGCCCAACCGUCCCACCUCCUCAAACACCACCCCCACAACCGCCACAAAAUCCUCCAACCACAGAUCCAACUCAACCACCAGAAAUCCCACCCCAACCAAUAUCAUCUCCUGCACCAGCCCAAAAACCACCAGCACCUGCCCCGGCAAAGCUGCCCUCAGCACCAGUACCUGCAUUUAUUUUGCCACCGGCUCCUGCACCGGCUCCCUACAAGCACAAGCACAGGCACAGGCGCAGACACAGGAAGCACCCUGCACCAAUGGUUCCAAGCCCUCCAGCACCUCAUACAGUGCCAACUACACAUGACACAACACCAGCACCUUCACCAAGUCUCAAUUUGAAUGGAGGAGAUUCGUUGGUUGUGGCAUGAGCAAUGUUUUGGUGGGCAAGGACAGGAUUGACCAUUGCCAUUUUGAUCGCUGUUACAUGCUAUGGUUUCUAGGAAUUUAUAAAAUGAGGGGUGGAUAUCAUUACUUUGCAAUUGCUUGUCAUACAUUUUGUUUGAAUUUCUGUGGCAUAACAGAGAAUAUUAUUUCAUUUGUGUAACUAUUAAAUUGAAAAAUUAAUAGAAAGAGAUAUGAAUAAGACCAAUUCAAGAUGAACAAGUAAAAUAGAUAAAUAUUGGUUGCUAGCUUCUUUG